AUGGAGAAAGAGAAGGCAAAAAAAAUUUUAAAAGAAAUUAUAAAUAUGAGAAAAAAUUAUAUAAAUUAUUUGGGAGCUUGGAAAAUAGUUAAUGAAUGGAAGAAAUGUGGUUCAGAAAUUGAGGUGGUCUCAAAUAUGAAGAAAUACCUGGAACGUUAUGUAAAAGACGAACCAAUCGGAAGAAAAACCUUAAAAAGUCUGUGGGCUCUUCUUGAGUGGCCUUCAAAAAUCGUGAUAAUGAAUUUAAAUUUGUUGUUGGGUAUCAAAACUGUGGGCAUGCUUUGAAUGUGUGCAAGUAAUUUAAGAAAUGGUGACGAUUGUUUAAUAAAAAUAAACAAUUAGAAAUCAUCAUUGUAUGUGCUGAAAAUGUGAUUGAAAUGUGUAUAAAAUAUAGUGUGAUGUACUAUCGUCAUGUGGAUAAUAAACAGGAAUUUUGUGUACUUU